AUGCCCCAACCUCAGGGGCUCUCAGAGGGGGGCGAGGGGCAUUUCAGCCAGGGAGUCGACGGCUUCAUGAAGGGGGCGGCCUGCAGCCACUGGGCGCGGGGCCCGGGCGCUCCUGCCGCAGUCCUCUCCCCACCCAGGUAUUCUAAAGUCAAGCAUUUGCUGAAGGACCUGGAUCAACUGAUGGAAGCCGUCCUGGAGAGGAUCGUGGCUCCCGAGCAACCCCUUUCCAACGCCACCAGGACCCUGAACUUCACCCUCUGGAACCACACGCCCCUGGUCCUUAUUGACGAGCGGAACCCCCACCACCCUGUGGUCCUCGACCUGUUUGCAGACAAUCACAAUGUCUCGGCAAGCGGCAGCCCAGCACCCGGAAGGGCCUGCAAUGCCCAGCAGUGCAAAGUAGCCAUGAGGCUGUGCUGCCGCAACGGGACCGUGUGCACCUUCCGAAAAUUCAUCAGCGCCACCCAGGCCGUGACAGAGUGGUACACCCUGCAGGCCACCAACAUCUUCUCCCAGGUGCCAACCCAGGAGCUGGUGAAGAUGGGCUACUCGGGCGAGCAGCUGAUCCUGGCCUGCCUGUUCGGAGCUGAGCCCUGCAGCUACAGGCCCCCUUGCUGGGGGCAUGGACAUGUUGGUGGCAGGCUCCCUGCAGCAGCCUCGGCCCCUCCCCCCACAGGCCUGAAGCUGAUCCUGGACCUGGGCCAGGAGGACUAUGUGCCCUUCCUCACGUCCACGGCCGGCGCCCGGCUGCUGCUCCACGAGCAGCGGUCGUACCCCUUCGUCAAAGAGGAGGGCAUCUACGCCAUGUCGGGGACGGAGACAUCCAUCGGGGUGCUGGUGGACAAGCUGGAGCGAAAGGGCAAGCCCUACAGCCAGUGCACAGUGAACGGCUCCGACGUCCCCAUCCGCAACCUCUACAGUGACUACAACACCACCCUACUCAAUCCCAGCCUCCUGUCCCCUCCCCAGGCCUGUAUUCGUUCAUGCUUCCAAGACCACAUGAUCCAGAACUGCAGCUGCGGCCACUACCUGUACCCCCUGCCCCGGGGGCAGAAGUUCUGCAACAACCAGGAGUUCCCCGACUGGGUCUACUGCUACUCGCAGCUGCGCCAGAGCCUGGGCCAGAGGGAGACCUGCAUCCGGAUGUGCAAGGAGUCCUGCAAUGACACCCAGUACAAGAUGACCAUCUCCAUGGCCGACUGGCCUUCUGAGGCCUCUGAGGACUGGAUUUUCCAUGUCUUGUCUCAGGAGCGGGACCAAAGUACCAAUAUCACCUUGAGCAGGAAGGGAAUUGUCAAACUCAACAUCUACUUCCAAGAAUUCAACUAUCGUACCAUUGAGGAGUCAGCAGCUAAUAACAUCGUCUGGCUGCUCUCGAAUCUGGGCGGCCAGUUUGGCUUCUGGAUGGGGGGCUCGGUGCUGUGCCUCAUCGAGUUCGCGGAGAUCGUCAUCGACUUCCUGUGGAUCACCGUCAUCAGGCUGGUGGCCUUCUGCAAGAGCCUGCGGCAGAGGCGGGCCCAGGCGCGCUACGCCGGCCCCCCGCCCACCGUGGCCGAGCUGGUGGAGGCUCACACCAACUUUGCCUUCCAGCCUGACACGGCCAACCCUGGGGCCUACCCCGAUGAGCAGACCCUGCCCAUCCCGGGCACCCCGCCCCCCAACUAUGACUCCCUGCGUCUGCAGCCACUGGACGUCAUUGAGUCUGACAGUGAGGGUGAUGCCAUCUAGGCCUUGCCCCUGCCCCUGCCCCUGACCCUGCUCCUGCCCCUGCCCCUGCCGCUGCCCCUGCCCCUGCCCACCCUGGGCAGCCCAAGAACUCGGACCUGAGGAGCCGAGACCAGGGCCCAAGGCCUCAUUCCAUCGUGCCCUCUCCAAAGGGCCGACAGGUGUCCGGUCGAGUCUGUCUCUUGCAGAGAGGCCAGCAGUCCCAGCCCCAGGCCGAGGGCGCGUAGGCUCUCGGUGCUGUCGGGAGUGGGGAAUUGUGUGCUCGGCUGGUUUCUGCCCACCCCAACCUCGAGCCAGGCUCCAGAGACCCGAGGACACCUUCCCCGGGGGCCGGCCGCUUCCCUCCAGCCAGUCGGUGUCCGCUCCAGAGCCGGGCCACCCCUAGAACCUGCGACCUUUCCUUCCUGGUGGCUGGCCUCCGGGGUGGGAUCGGUGAGGGCAGUGGCUGUGCAGAACAGGAGAGCAUCAGGCGGGGGCAGGGCUGGCUGCCAGGUGGCACGUGUUUUAUUCUAGAAAAUAAAAGUAGAAAACACC